AUGGCUCCUAAGAAAGUCGCCGCCCGUCCCAGCUCAGCCUCUGGUGCGAAACGGCCUAUUAGGGGUCCAUCGCAGGCGCUUCGCUCGCCCACCCCAAGUCGACCGGUGGGUCAGGUGCAAUCAUUGGUGGAGAGUAUGGCCAGCGAUCCAGUAGCCUUGUCCCGCUUCGCAGCUGGAAUGGAUGGUCUUCUUCAACAAUGCUCGGCGCAGCCUUCCACGUCUGGAAGGCGUUCUCGUCCAGUAGUGGCAUCGUCUCCAGCGUCACCAUCAUCUAGCGAAGAUGGGAGAGAGGGCUCAUCAUCUAGGGGUUUGCUGACUGAUUCCCAGCUAGUCCGGCCCCGCGGCUUACCUGCUGCCCGCGGCCGUUCUCGGAGGCCUCGCCGUUCCUCUGGGAGGGCCGUGGGAAGGCUAACCCCUUUGGCAGCUUCCACCCGCCGAGGUGGGCGCACCCAAUCUUCGGAUGAGGUGGCGUCGGGUUCUGGUCUCUCUCUUGUCGUUUCUCCUCAAUCAGCUCCAGGUACAUCACAGCUGAGCCCCGAUUCGGAGUCUUCCAUUGAGGACAGUUUGCCAGUCCCUGCCAGGAAGUCUUCGGGCGGAAAACGUCGCCGCAGGAGGUCUUCCCGGAAGCAUGCCAAGCGAAGGAGGGGCGAAUCGUCUUCCUCUUCUUCUGGUACGUCCUCUUCCAGUUCUGAUGAUGAGGCGGGCGCUGCUAGGGAACUUUAUUGGGGUUUUGGCGAAUCGGCAUCGGGGCCUGCCUAG